CCCGAGAUUUCUUUGGCGAACGGGGAAUAUUGUUGAACUUUUUCGCUGGAAACGAAGGCUUAAUACUUACAUUGUUUUAGUGAGGCUGUCACAUCUGGAAAUAUUUCCAAGAUGAGGAUGGAGGGUUAAGGCAGUUGUUGUACCUUUAGGAAGGCGCGCCCCUCCCUUCAGACCAGACCAUCAGGUUUUUUCUGAGGACCUGUGGAAGAACUGGUCACACACGGCAAUACCAGUAAACAGCUGAGCAGCAGAAUCCACCCAUAUCACAUCUUAGUAACGGAUUAAGAUGGCCAGUGUUUCGCGUUCCCAGAACCCACAUGGACUGAAACAGAUUGGUCUGGACCAGAUUUGGGACGAUCUCAAGUCUGGCAUUGAGCAUGUGUACAUGCAUCAGAACAUGACCAAAACAGACUACAUGCAACUCUACACGCAUGUAUAUGAUUACUGUACGAGUGUCCACCAGUCCAGUCAGGGCCAAUCCAGAGUGCCUGCUGGGAAAAAACCAAAACACCCCACAGGUGGUGCACAGUUUGUCGGGCUUGAACUCUACAAGAGGUUAAAAGACUUUCUCAAAAUAUACAACGUCAACUUGUUAAAGGAUGGGCAGGAUUUGCUGGGGGAAGAUGUGCUAAAGUUCUACACAAAACGAUGGGAAGAAUAUCGGUUUUCAAGUAAAGUGCUAAAUGGAGUGUGUUCCUAUCUCAACAGACAUUGGGUGAAAAGGGAAUGUGACGAGGGCAGAAAGGGAAUAUAUGAAAUAUAUUCUCUGGCACUGAUAACUUGGCGCGACAAUCUCUUUAAGCCACUCAACAAACAGGUCACAAAUGCUGUGCUGAAGCUCAUAGAACGAGAAAGGAAUAGAGAAACAAUCAAUACCAGCCUUGUUAGUGGUGUCAUAAACUGCUAUGUGGAGUUGGGGUUGAAUGAAGACGACCCGGGAGCCAAGGGCCCAACUCUCAGUGUGUACAAAGAACAUUUUGAAAAUUAUUUCCUUGAUGACACAGAAAGGUUCUACACACGAGAAAGCUCAGAGUUCCUAAGGGAGAAUCCAGUCACUGAAUAUAUGAAAAAGGCAGAGUCAAGGCUAUUAGAGGAACAGAGAAGAAUACAGAUUUACCUUCACCAAAGCACACAGGAUGUUCUGGCACGGAAAUGCGAGAAAGUCCUCAUUGAAAAGCAUUUAGAAAUUUUCCAUUAUGAAUUUAAAAAGCUGCUUGAUGAUGACAAAAAUGAAGAUCUUGGAAGGAUGUAUCAGUUGGUGUCCAGAAUAUAUGAUGGCUUAGGAGAGUUGAAGUCCUUACUGGAGUCCCAUAUCUACAGCCAGGGUCAGGCAGCUAUUGAAAAGUGUGGAGAAGCUGCCCUCAAUGAGCCCAAACUUUAUGUACAGACAAUUUUAGAUGUCCACAAAAAGUACAAUGCUCUGGUUAUGACAGCAUUUAACAAUGAUGCUGGAUUUGUGGCCUCUCUGGAUAAGGCAUGUGGUCGGUUCAUCAAUAACAACUCCAUCACCAAAAUGGCCAGCUCAUCAAGCAAGUCACCUGAAUUGUUGGCAAGAUAUUGUGAUUUACUGCUGAAGAAGAGUUCAAGGAACCCUGAAGAGGCUGAACUAGAAGACACUCUGUGCCAAGUGAUGGUUGUGUUCAAGUACAUUGAAGAUAAGGAUGUAUUCCAGAAGUUCUACAGCAAAAUGCUAGCCAAGAGAUUGGUGCAGCAUGUGUCAGCAAGUGACGAUGCAGAGGCUAGCAUGAUUUCUAAGCUCAAGCAAGCCUGUGGGUUUGAGUACACAUCAAAGUUACAGAGGAUGUUCCAAGAUAUUGGUGUGAGCAAAGAUCUCAAUGAGCAGUUCAAGCGACAUUUGACUUCAUCAGCAGAACCCCUGGAUAUUGACUUCAGUAUCCAGGUGCUAAGUUCAGGUUCAUGGCCAUUUCAACAAUCCUGCACUUUCACUUUGCCCUCUGAGUUGGAGCGAAGUUUUCAGAGAUUCACCACAUUCUACAGCAGUCAACACAGUGGCCGAAAGCUGAACUGGCUUUAUCAGAUGUCCAAGGGAGAAAUUGUCACUAACUGUUUUAAAAAUCGUUACACUCUACAGGCGUCCACUUUCCAGAUGGCUGUACUGUUACAGUAUAACACCAGCCAGACUUUCACUGUGCAGCAACUCCAAGAAAGUACACAGAUCAGAAGUGAUAUAUUGAUGCAAGUGCUGCAGAUCCUGCUGAAAUCCAAACUGUUGUGUACAGAUGAUGAUGAUAGCCACCUGAGGCCUUCUUCCCAAAUAUCGCUCUACAUGGGCUACAAGAACAAAAAGUUGCGAGUGAACAUCAACGUGCCGAUGAAAACUGAGGUGAAGCUUGAGCAGGAGACAACACAUAAGCACAUUGAGGAGGAUCGGAAACUCCUGAUACAGGCUGCCAUAGUGCGUAUUAUGAAGAUGAGAAAAGUCCUGAAACACCAACAGCUUCUAGCCGAAGUACUGAAUCAGCUUUCUUCUCGCUUCAAACCAAGAGUUCCUGUGAUAAAGAAAUGUAUUGACAUCCUGAUAGAGAAGGAGUAUUUGGAAAGGGUAGAGGGACAGAAGGACACUUACAGUUACUUGGCUUGAUGAAAUUUGGAACAUGUAGUCUUUUAGAUUGUUAUUUUUUAAGUUUGAAUGCAACAGGGAUAGCAUUGCAGCUUGUUCAUACAGACUUUUCUUUGAGGUGGCAUUUUCUUUUGUCUUCUGCACAUGGUAUUUGUGUGGAUGACGCAGUUUUCCCAAAAAACAAAACAAAAAGGAAACAUGUCUGUCUUCAUUCUUAGCCCUGUCAGCAAAGAAACAACUACAUCUUGUUCCCCAUUGAUAGUGCAUUUCCCUUUGUUUAUGAAAAUCUCAUAAGUGCUGUUGACCUCACUCAGUAUCAUGCUUUAGUUGUCGGUUAUCUCCC